AUGCUUGCAUCUAUCCUUCCAGCGAUGCUUGUUCCACGUGUUCAAGCAGGUGAGAAGAACAUCUCAUUCAGUGUUCAGUCAGCUACAGUCCUCUUCUUAGAUGUUGUUGAGUUCACACCAUGGUGUGGUAGCCAUGAUGCACAGUAUGUCAUGUGUAUGCUUAACAUCAUGUUCAAAGAGUUCGAUGCUAUCACAAAUGCACACAAGACAAUGACAAAGAUCAAGUGCAUUGGUGACUGCUACAUGGCCGCAGGUGGCAUCUUCGACGAAGUUAACCAACCUGCAGUCCAUGCUAAAGAAGUUGUUGACUUCGGCUGCUUAGUCAUCAAGAAACUUCUUGACAUUGACGAGAAAGAGAACGAGAAACUUCGUAUCCGCGUUGGCAUCAACACCGGUGGUCCUAUUGUUGCCGGUGUUAUUGGCACAGAGAAACCAACAUUCGAAAUCCUUGGUCCCGCGAUCAACAUCGCACACGAGAUGGAGAACAAAGGUGUUCCAAUGAAAGUCCACAUUUCACGUCCAGUCUAUGAACUUAUCUAUGGUCAACAGUUCGACAUCAAAGAACGCGGUGAAAUUGAUGUCAAAGGCGGCAAGAUGUUCACAUAUCUUGUCGAACCAUAA